UAUUAACACGAAGUAAUAUAUUAUUACAUAUAAAUACAUAUACGUAACUACACUUCUUCACAUUACUCUGGAUAUCCAUUAUCAUUAUAUUUCAAUUUGUUUAAUUUUUAAGCCAAACUUUUCAGAUUUAUAAUUUUGAAGCAAGAAAUUAAAUUAUGAAAAGGCUUAAUGGCUGCGCAGAGAAACUGCCCUCAAGAAGAGGCUUUUGGGGUUAUGAUUAUGAAGAGGAUACACAAAAAACUGUAUCAAGAAACAAAACUGGUAAUUGGACACCCAUUUCCAAGAAAACAACAGGAAUGGUGAAGGUAGAAAAGAGUUGCAGGCCGCGGUGGAGUAACCGGCAGAAACAUGAUAUUGAUCUUCAGGAUGGUAACUUCACAACCCAGGAAGAGGAACUCAUUGUCAAACUUCAUGCCACCAUAGGAAGCAGGUGGACAAUAAUAGCACAACAGGUACCAGGAAGAACAGAGACAGAGGUGAAGAACGUGUGGAACGCAAAGCUGAAGAAGAAGCUGACUGCCAUGGGGAUUGAUCCCGUCACCCACAAACCCUUCUCCCAGAUCCUCACUGACUUUGGAAACAUCGGCGCCGGUUUCCCCCCUUCUUCUCCCCAUUCUUUUUCCUCCGGCCGCCGCAGCUUUGGCUCCCUUACCAACCCUCCAACAGCACACAGAGCAGAGACACCGCCAGAAGAUAUCCGCGGCGGCGGAGAUCCUUUCCACCCGUCCAAAAAUUCCGAUGACCACCAUCACCGCCACACCGCCGACCUUUUCGCCGAGCUCCAAGCCAUUAAAUCCAUCACAAAUAACAAUUACUCGGUGGUCGAAGCUCCCCUGUCUUCUUCACUCUCAUCAUCUUCCUCUUUAACAUCGAAAACAACAACUGUGGAUAAUCACCUCCAUCAAGAGGCUAAUAAUGCGAGUUCAUCGGGUUUCAGCUGGUGCGAUUUUCUGCUUGAAGAUGCCUUUUUGCCAGUCCAGCAAUCAGAGUGGGACCCUCCACAGGAGCCAACAGAGAAUCGUGAUGAUGUGGCCCCUCCUGAAAACGACAGGAUUUCUUCGUCAAACGACGACCAUCUUGAAGCUGCUGCUUCGUCUUUUAUGGAAGCAAUGCUGUCUCGGGAAGACGAAAUGUUCUUGGAUUUCCCUGGACUCUCUGAGGAACCGUUCUACUAUUGACUGACUUCCUUAAUUACCCAUUACCUAUGAGUUAAUAUUUGACUAAAUGGCCGUUCUGAGGAAACAAAACAUAAUUGUGAUGCAUAAGAAAAGAAAUUGAGUUUUAAUCAUAGUUUUAGGUCAAUUAUUUUAAUCCCCAUCAUGGAAGGAAUAGAUUUCAAAACAUAAUUGGAAAGUACUUCGUAUGUUUUACCUGUUGUAUCACUUGUAUCAUGAUUUGUAUGCCUCA